CCGGAGGGGCUGAGCUCCGCCGCCGCCUCUGCCUCUCCCCCUCCUUCCCCUCCGGCCGGGCCGCCUUCUCCCGGGGCCGGGGGGCCGGAGCCGGCAGGUAAGGCCUUCAGCGAGGGACACUCCCGCCCGCUCAGCCCAGUUCAGCCGGCUGUGUGAGGGCAGGACAUCCCCCUUCCCCGCAUGGGGUUCCGACGCUUGAGGAAUGGGCUACGUCGCCCUCCCCUCAGGGGAUGGAGACCCUCUCGUGGGCGGCCCCUUUUCGGGGUUGCUCAGGCUCCCCGCAAGUCCCACAGGUGAAAUAUUGCUUUCAAAGAAUGACAACAGCUGCUUCAGCAAGUGGAUUUGCUGUGCAAGAGGUCAUUAUUUACAGCUGCCAGCUUUAUUGAAUUCUUCCUUACAUUUCACCCUUAUUUUCUUUUAGAAGCGGCAGAACAACUUAGGGUUGAUGUUUUGUGUGCCAUCUACUGAAAUUGGGGCCAUCAUGAAUAUCACCAAGGGUGGGCUGGUGCUGUUCUCAGCUAAUUCCAAUCCCUCAUGCAUGGAGCUGUCCAGGAGGAUUGCUGAGCGCUUGGGAGUUGAGAUGGGGAAGGUUCAGGUUUAUCAAGAGCCAAACAGAGAAACGCGAGUGCAGAUUCAGGAGUCUGUGAGAGGAAAGGAUGUAUUUAUCAUCCAAACGGUUUCAAAGGAUGUGAAUACCACGAUCAUGGAGCUCCUGAUCAUGGUGUAUGCGUGUAAAACCUCCUGUGCCAAAAGCAUUAUUGGAGUGGUUCCUUACUUCCCCUACAGCAAACAGUGCAAGAUGAGGAAAAGGGGCUCCAUUGUCUCCAAAUUGCUGGCCUCCAUGAUGUGCAAAGCUGGACUAACUCAUCUUAUUACCAUGGAUUUACAUCAGAAGGAAAUUCAGGGUUUCUUCAAUAUUCCAGUUGAUAACUUGAGAGCAUCCCCAUUUUUACUGCAGUACAUCCAAGAAGAGAUACCAGACUACAGGAAUGCUGUAAUUGUGGCCAAAUCUCCUGCGUCUGCAAAGAGGGCACAGUCGUUUGCCGAGCGCUUGCGGUUGGGAAUCGCCGUGAUCCACGGGGAAGCUCAGGAUGCUGAGUCUGACAUGGUGGAUGGUCGGCACUCCCCUCCUACAGCCAAAUACGUAGCUGCUAUCCACCCCAGCCUGGAGAUCCCCAUGCUGAUUCCCAAGGAAAAACCACCCAUCACAGUUGUUGGAGAUGUAGGAGGAAGAAUAGCUAUCAUUGUGGAUGACAUCAUAGAUGACGUUGACAGCUUUCUGGCUGCAGCUGAGACCCUCAAGGAGAGAGGGGCCUACAAGAUCUUUGUCAUGGCCACCCACGGCCUGCUGUCCUCAGACGCUCCCCGGCUGAUUGAGGAGUCUGCCAUCGAUGAAGUGGUUGUUACAAACACAAUUCCACAUGAAAUACAAAAACUUCAGUGCCCCAAAAUCAAAACUGUGGAUAUCAGCAUGAUCCUGUCCGAAGCCAUUCGAAGGAUCCACAAUGGGGAGUCCAUGUCGUACCUUUUCAGGAAUAUAGGAGUGGAUGAUUAAAGCUUCUCCCUCUAAAGAAACACCCCGGGCCAAACUGGAAUCGAACAGAGAAUGAGCUGUGAAGCAUCGUGCUUACCUUAAUAUUUCCAUUGAGCCACUUCUUGUUUUCUCUUGGUUUAAAUAUCAAGGUAGAACAGUUUUUAAGACCUGUUUGGUUGUUGUUUUUUUUUCCCUUCGCAGGGGUUUUUUGGGGGGUUGGUGGGAAUAAACGUUUUACAAAAAACUGUUCUAGUUGCUUUUAGGUUAGUUGCACUAUACAGGAUGGAAAAAUCCCACAAAACACUUGAGGCAAGAAUUUGGCUUCUAAAUUAAUCAUUCCUUUUCCAAAGCUGCUUGCUACAAGUGCUUUAAAUGAUAACAAAAUGAAGUGACUGUAUAAUAUUUGCAUUUUAAAAGCCAAAAAGGUCGUACUGUUGUAUGCAGUUCAGUGAUUUUGUAGGAGUGCUUUUAUAGAAAAGCAUAUGGAAUAUGCACCUGUAUUUAUUUUCUGCAACAAAGAAUAAAGACUUGUUUUGUGUGAGCUUUCUAA